UUGAACGUGUUCGACUUUUGCGCAACUUUCAACCUGCAUGACGUUAUAAAAUCGUUUUCUUGUUCGCUUUGAACCGGUCUUUACAGAAAAUGAUUAUACCGUGAGUUGCGAAAUCCGCAAUGAAAAAGGUGGCGCAAACCUCACAAACAGUUUGUGUCUAUCGUAUUGGUGCGUUCACCCUGUCCUUUCCUGCAGGAGGAUUGUCAUUCUGUACAAAACUCCCGAGCUUUCUUUUGUAACAGACGCAUGGGGUAAAUAUUGAUCUUUGUGUUGAGCUUUGGUAGAGGACAAGGACGAUGGUUUCAGAUUGUGUAAGCUACUUCAGUUAGUCAGAUAAGGUCGUUCCCGUGUUGGGCACUGCUGCAGGCACACUAGAGUGCAGACGGUUCCCGUCGACAGCUUCGUCAGUAGUGAAACCAUAUAGGAAAAGACUCAAGGCCUACGACGUGCGGUGCGGAGAUGGCUGUCUUGGAGCUUAUAACAGAAAACACAGGCACGGUUUUGCUGUUCGUAGUCACCUUGGUGGUUCUUCUGCUGUACCAGAACGCAAGGAGGCCGGCUGGGUUUCCCCCAGGACCCCCUGCACUCCCCAUCAUUGGCAACGUACUCACUUUUCGGUCUUCAGAGCAAAUCUACAAGAUAUUCCAACGGCUAGCGGAGCAGUAUGGACGCAUAUUUUCCCUGAAGCUCGGCAGCUUCUGGGUGAUUGUCUUAAACGAUGUGGAAGACAUCCGUGAGGCUCUCAUCAAGCAGCCGAUUGCCUUUGCUGGAAGGCCUAAUCUCUACACAACAAGCAUAGUGACCGAUGGAUUUCAAGACAUUGCGUUCAGCGACUACAGUCCCGACUGGCAACUUCACCGGAAGAUCGGCCACGCCGCGCUCAGACACUUUGCAAGUGGUGAAAAGCUCAACAAGCUUGUGCACAGUGUGCUGCCUGGCUUCGCCAAGGUACUAGACCAAUCGGCGGGCAAGCCUUUGGAUCUGAAGGAUGUCAUUGAUCGGAGCAUCUACAUAGUUCUGGCUAACAUGUGCUAUGGGAAAAGUCACGAUUUUGAUGACCCAUUCCUCACCAAAUGGUUUGCCCUGAACAAGCGAGCACAGGAACUCGUAGGGGGCGGACUUCCACGUGACUACAUCCAUAGUCUUAGGUAUCUGCCUCUCUCUUCACGGGAGAAACGAGUGAAGGAGCUUUCCAAAGAAAGCUUGGAUUACAUAUACGACGAAUUCAAAGGUCAUCGUGACUCUUUCAAGCCAGAUAACAUAAGAGAUUUGUUCGAUUCGCUGAUCGCCGCCCAGCAGGAAGACGCAGCGGAGACUGGAUCAAACGCUAAUUUCCUGACAGACACAAGGGUUAUUCAAACAGUUGCAGAUUUGUUUGGAGCUGGUACUGGCACGACGAUUCCAGCGCUGUACUGGGCAGUCGCCGUCAUGAUUGAACAUCCUCAAAUUUUGGAGCGUGUUACCAAAGAGAUAGAUACAGUCAUAGGUCCAGACCGUCUACCGUGCUUGUCAGACCGAAGCUCUAUGCCCUACACCGAGGCAACCUUGAUGGAAAUCAACCGAUACGGGGUGGUGUCGCCCAUUGGAUUGCCCAAAUCGGUUACCAAAGAUACAGUCUUUCGUGGCUUUACCAUCCCUAAGGAUACCAUGGUUGUGCUCAAUGUGUGGGCAGUGCAUUAUGACCAUAAGCACUGGGACGAACCGAAUAAGUUCAAACCAGAGCGCUUCCUGGACGAGAGCGGGACCAAGCUGGUCAAGCCGCCAGCCAGCUUUAUGCCCUUCGGUGUCGGCCGUCGCUCCUGCAUCGGGGAGAACUUCGCUAGGGGUGAGAUCUUCAUCCUCUUCUGCUGGCUAGUCGGCCGCUAUUCCUUGUCCAAGGUGCCAGGAAGGGAGGACGAGUCGUUACUCACACUCGACCUAAAAGGACCGCUUAACCAUGAACCCCGCCCGUUUGAAAUCAUCGUCAGGAAAAAGUGAGCGAUGGAAAAUUUGUUCUUAGGUACGUAAGUUAAUGAACGCUCAACACCGUGAAUCAGUAUCACCGCUUAUUAAAUCUAGUCAAAAACUUAAAAUGUGUAAUUUUUAAAAUUAUAUUGUACAUUGUGUCCGCUAAAUUCACAUUUUCCAAAGGUUUAUACUUCGUCUGAAAGUUUGUUUCGUCCUCAUCCAUAUGUUACUAGCAAAUCGUAUUGUGGUCAUACAUGACUGAUCAGAGUCAGUCUGAAUUGAUGGUGCCAAGUCUGCUUUUCUUACGAGACGUGGUGAGCUCUGUUGCACAUUUUUAGGCUUUUCAAAUUUCGAUCUGUUGAAAAACAUUGUUUUCAAGCUCCAUUUACAUAUUCGCUGGGGAAUAAACAUAUUAGCAGAAUAAGCCCUCUG